AUGAAUAUGUUCUAAAAAACAACGCCCGUUUCUCACAAAAGGAUCCGCCAUUUUCGCCAUGACUGUUCCAUCGGUUAGUUUGAUCGGGAAACUGUAAGCACACACAAAUGAAUUAUUUACUUGCUAUCUGUGUGUAAUAUACCACCAAACACAAGGUAAAUUCUUCGGAUAAAAAGCAGAGAGCUAAAUUUAAAGAAAAGUUCCCAUCGUUUUACCGUGGACAAAUUGGACAAUCUACAAUUUCAUUUUGAAGCAACAGAGCUUUCAUGCUAUUUAUGGAUGGGCCGGAGAACGUUGGUUUAUGUGAAGGAAAUCAGACCAAAAAGGUGGAGAUAUCACACUUGUGCAGACAGCGUCAGGCCUGUCCGAGAUGGAUUCUUUAAUUUUAAAAUUGGAAUUAUGCUCGCAACUAUUAUUGGUGGUUGGUUAUUGGUGGAUAUUUUACCUGACUGCAAGGAAAGCAUAAAUAAAUGCUUGUAAGUAAGCAACCAACCAGACGGGCGACGGCUUUAGGUCCUCUCCGAGGAACCUGGUAAUGAGGAUUAAUGUCUUAAUACCAAAUGACACUCAGGCAUCGACUUGGUUUCGAACCCGGGUCACCGGAGUACGAGACCACUGCUCUACCAACUGAGCUAUUGCGCCUCCUCGAUCACUUUAUCACGUUAGAACCAUUCCUUUAAUUGCCGUAGUUUCCAAGGCAUAAUCAUUAGUAGGCUUCGACUAUAGUUUAAACCCGGAGGGUAACAGAGAAAGACAUAUACCUCUUAGACUGUAGAGCGGGUAACCUCAUUGACGUAUUUAGUCUCUUCCAAUAACGAUUUACAGAACGCAAAGGUGACUUUGACAAACACAAAACGAAAGAUAAAGAAAUUGCUCACAAUUGGGACCAUAGACAGAGCAAAAGAUGGCCCAAAGAGCAGCAAAUGAGCCUAAUGAGGACGAUACACCCCUUAACAAGGCAGCCUUUAAGGGCAAUCUUGACCUAGUUCAGUACCUCAUUAGUCAAGGAGCAGAAGUUAUCAAGAGUGGUAAUGAUGGUCUGACACCUCUUCACUAUGCAUCAAUCACUGGUUAUAUUGAUGUAGUUAAGUACCUCAUUCGUCAAGGAGCAGAGGUUGACCAGGGUGAACAUGAUGGUCAGACACCUCUUCACUUUGCAUCACGCAAUGGUCAUCUUGAUGUAGUUAAAUACCUCAUUGGUCGAGGAGCAGAGGUUAACAAGAGUGAUAAUAGUGGUCAGAAGGCACCUCUUCACUUUGCAUCACGCAAUGGUCAUCUUGAUGUAGUUAAGUACCUCAUUAGUCGAGGAGCAGAGGUUAACAAGGGUGAUAAUGAUGGUCAGACACCUCUUCACUUUGCAUCACGCAAUGGUCAUCUUGGUGUAGUUAAGUACCUCAUUAGUCAAGGAGCACGGGUUAACAAGGGUGAUAAUGAUGGUCAGACACCUCUUCACUUUGCAUCACGCAAUCGUCAUCUUGAUGUACUUAAGUACCUUAUUAGUCAAGGAGCACGGGUUAACAAGGGUGAUAAUGAUGGUCAGACACCCCUUCACUAUGCAUCAAUCAGUGGUCAUCUUGAUGUAGUUCGGUAUCUCAUUAGUCACGGAGCAGAGGUUAACAAGGGUGAUAAUAAUGGUAUGGCACCUCUUCACUGUGCAUCCAUCAAUAAUCGUCUUGAUAUAGUGAAGUACCUCAUUAGUCAAGGAGCACAGAUUGAUCAGCAUAAUGAUAAGGGUGUGACGGCUCUUCACUAUGCAAAACUCAGUAGUCAUCGUGAUAUAGUUCAGUAUCUCAGGAGUGAACAAGCACGGAGGAAAGAACCAUCACCUGAAGGUACAGUUAAACCCGGUUUAACUAAACCAGACUUCAAGUCUAAGUUUCAUUUCAGUUUCUAA